ACGUGAUACGAAAAUAAUGAAUAUUUCGUUUACAAAUUCUAUACUUUGAAUAAACUCAAAAGUCAUUAACUAUUAUCUCUUCACAAAUUGUAACUAAAGAGGUCUUCUGUGGGUAAACAUUUUGGAGGUUCUAUGUAUCUUUGUCUCAUAAAAAGAAAGCCCAUAGAUAUCGAGCUUUGAAAAAGAUACUAUAUCAUUAUGGGCGAUAAUAUAAAUGAGGAUGAAUGGGAGAAAAGCGAAUGUAUUGUAUCCGAAUUUUUCAUAACAGAUAGUCAUGGUAGUCCUUUAAUAUUCAAGGUAUCGAAGCCUAUUAAUAAAUGUUAUGCAUUUAUAUAUUGGAGAUUUUCACGUGUAACAGAGAUAUCGUCCAGAUAUAGAAGAAGAUUCCAUUAGUAUUUUUUCAUCUGUUUUACAAGAAAAGAAAUGGCAAGAUCUAUUUGCCCCCCAGCUUGCUAAAUAAUGUUUACAAAAAGUCUUAUCCUGCUGGUAGAUGUAUAAUAUAGGGAAUUUUAGUAUUUUCAAAUAUGAUAUAGUUUUAUAAUAAGGAAAACAUAGCAUUUUAUAAACUUAAGAAACUUUCGGUGAAAAUCAAAGUAAAUUAGUAUGGUUAAACUCUCGUUUAAAUGUUUUAUUCGAAAAAGAAAACAAAAAAAAAUCCUAUUUUAUUAAUUGAAAGUUAUUAGCUUUCCCAGAGAAUCAAUAUUUUGAAAGUCAGGAUUUGAUAUAACGUUUAAGCUUAUGACAUUGAUUGGUUAAUGUCAACAUAAUAAAUUAGCCAAUUGUUUAAUCAACUGUGGGGUUAAUAGUGAAGCAGAGAAGGAACUUCUAGGUUCGGAUUGCAUGGUAAAAAAUGGUGUGCAUUUGACAAGUUUGGAAAAGGAAGGAGUAUUUUUCGUCUUGGUGUCCAAAAAUAAUGGCUACGCCUUUAUAUCUCAUUUGCUUCUACAUAUAGCUCAUCUGGUAAAAGAAUUUUGUGGAAGUGUUUGUGAGGAAGCAGUCAAAGCCAAUUGGAUGUUAAUAUACGAAAUACUAGAAGAAAUCAUAGAUAGUGGCUACGUGCAAAUAACGAGCGUUGCGAGGUUAAAACCUCUUAUUCAAGCUCAACCCAUUCUCAUUCAUCCAAAAACGACUCAGUACGGCUUCUUCGGUUUGGAAAAAACUACCGAUUAUAAUGCCGAAUCAAAACCCGUGAUACAACCAGCCUGGGAGCAGCUUCAGAGGAAGAAUGACGUAUACGUGGACGUAAUAGAAAAAAUGAAUUUGGAGAUGGAAAGAAAUGGCACAGUAAAAUCUUCUAACAUCCGAGGGUUGAUCAAAAUGAAAGCGUUCAUAGAAAAGCAAACAGAUAUUAAACUGACGUUUCAAACGCCCAUAGACGUAGAACAGGAAGGCGAUUUACGUCAACUAUUUAAUACAAAUCGAAUAAGGCUGAGCGAAAUUAAAAUAAACGAUUGUGUAAGGGAGAACGAUUUAGAGAAUAAGAGAACGUGUAUAGUCAGACCUAAAGAGGGAGAAUUUACAAUAUUGGAGUAUAAGCAAGAACGCGAAUUCGGGCACAUCGUACCAAUUCGAGCGUCUCUUACGUGUCGCGAAAACGAUUCGUCGGCGUACGUUCUCGACGCGACCUUGAGCCUUCGUUUAAUUGCCGUCAUUAACACGGCACUCGAAGCUAUUAACGUGACCGUACGAAUAGCCGUUCCGGCUUUGGUCGAAAAUGCUUCUAUCUAUUCGCCUAAAAAUUUACCGAAUGGAUCUUUUGACUUUGACCGACGGACUAGCAUCGUCAAGUGGAAGGUAAAGAGGAUAAAGGCUGGCGAAGAAUGUCUAUUACCCUUCAAACUGCACUAUUCGGAUGAGCGACCAAUAAAAGAGGAUAUGGGACCCAUUUACGUCAACUUUGAAUUGUCGGGAUUUACCUGCUCUGGAAUUCGAGUAACGAGCAUGCAACUUGGAUCGGAAUCGAUUCGCUCUUGGAUUCGGCACGUCACUCUCGCAGACGAUUACCGAAUAAUUUAA